AUGGAAGAACAAAUUAAAGAAAUGCAAAGUCAGAUGAUAGAACUCAAGAUUGACAUGAAUUCCAAGUUUGAGAUGUUACUUUCAAAACUUAAUGAGAAAAGUGUGUCUUGCAUUGAGAAUUUAUCAAGAAGACCAAAUGAAUGGAUAAGGAAAGCCAGUAUGUAUUUUGAAUUGUGCAAGGUUUGUGAAGAUCAGAAGGUGGACUUAGCAUCUUUAUACAUGGUGGAUAAUGCAGCUUUAUGGGUGGCGGGAUUUUUGGCUAUGAAACCCAUGAUUGGGUCGGUCAAGUUCAGUAUGGCUGUGAGGGCGAGGUUCUUUGAUGCAUCUUUAAAUAAUACCGUGGAAAAUUUUAAUAAACUUACUCAGGAGAGGAGUUUAGAAGAGUGUGUUGAUGCCUUUAAAAGUAAUAGAUCCUUCCUAGAAAUGCAUGAUUAUGACUUAUCUCCUAUGUUCAUUCUUGAAAGUUUUAUUAGUGGAUUGAAGGAUAUCAUUAAGCCUUUUGUGAAAGCCUUCAAACUAGACACUCUUGCAAAAGCCAUUGAAUAUGCAAGACUACAAGAGGAGACCAAGAUCAAGGCUGAAAAGAUUGCUAAGGGAUUGUGCUAUUUGUGUGACAAACCUUAUGCAAAGGGGCACAAGUGUGGAUCCAAAGAACCACAAUUCUUUGCAAUUGAAGUUUUGGCAGCACCUGAAAAUGAAGAGGAUGAAAUGAUGGAUAUGGAGUAUGAAAGUCAAGAUAGGAAGGAGCCUUGUAUUUCCCUACAUGCCUUAAUUGGGGAACAAACUUAUCACACCAUGAGAAUUGUGGGAUUUGUCAAGAACAAGCCUUUCCACAUUUUAGUGGAUUCAGAAAGUACCCAUAAUAACCUGGAAUAUGUUAGGAAGUUGGGAUGUGAAUUAGAGCAAAUUUCUCCACAAGUGACUAUAGCAGAUAGGAACAAAAUUGCUUGCCAAUACAAAUGCAAGAACUUCACUUGGUUAAUUAAUGGGACUGUUUUCAGGACUGAUGCAUUGCUAAUUCCUAUAGGAAGUUGUGAUAUGAUCAGGAAUCAACAAAUUUGUUUAAAGGGGAUUCAAGAAAAGAAGUUGCAAGUUGUUGAAGAACCUUUGGUUGGGAAGAAAUCCUCACAAACCAUACAAUUCUGCUUAAUACAAGUUUCACAGGCAGAUGUUAAUAUUCACCCCUCUUGUUUGAUGAAUUUGACCACGGAGGCUAGGGGACAAGCAAAACUUUUGGAGAUCAUCAAACUGCAAGAAGAAUUUGAAGAUAUCUUUGUUGUGCCUAAAGAGCUUCUUCCUGUAAGACGAGUUUUUGAUCACAAGAUUCCCUUGGAAGAGGGGGUUAAUCCCAUUAACAUUAGACCCUAUAGAUAUCCAUUGAAACAUAGGGACAUCAUAGAACAAUUGAUUCAAGAAAUGCUUGAAAGAGGGGUUAUACUGCAUGGUAACAGCCCAUUUGCUUCACAUGUGGUUUUGAUAGGCAAGAAAGAUGGAAGCUGGAGGUUAUGUCAAGGUGGAUCUGAGAUCAAGCUACCAUCAGUUGAGGAUGCAUUAAGAGGACAUUUAUUAAUAGCCUUUAAAACUCACACAGGGCAUUAUGAAUUUCUUGUCAUGCCAUUUGGCUUGACUAAUGCCCCAGCUUCUUUUCAGAGCUGGAUGAACCAAGUUUUCAGAACUUUACUAAGAAAGUGUGUGUUGAUAUUCUUUGAUGAUAUUCUGAUUUAUAGUUAUGGCUGA